CAUAUGGUUACUGGGGAAGUGACUGCCAAGAAUUAUGUGAGACAAAUUGUAGAUACUCAUGUCAUGAGAACACAGGAGCAUGCUCUAGUUGUUACAGUGGUUAUUGGGAUACGCAUUGUCAUAAAAAUUGUCCAGCAAAUUGUAGCUCUUCACGAUGUAACAAACAAGAUGGUAGUUGUUCUCCCUGUGCCAAUGGUUCGUAUGGUAAGAUGUGCAACAAUACGUGUUAUAUAAAAUGUCAGAAAUGUCAUCAAACGACUGGUGCAUGCACUUUAUGUAAUGAUGGUGAAUGGGGAGAAACUUGUGAGAAAACAUGUGUUCCGAAUUGCAAAAUAUGUGACAAGUUAACAGGUGAUUGUCGGAUAUGUAAGCCCGGUUAUUGGAACAUUUCUUGUGAAAAUAAGUGUUCUGACCCGAAUUGUCAUGUUUGUAGUAUUUCUUCAGGAGAAUGUCAGGCGUGUAAAUCUGGACUUUGGGGAGAAAACUGUCAGACACAUUGUGGAAAUUGUACAUCAGGUAAAUGUGGUAAAAGUGAUGGAAGAUGUGCCUCCUGUCAAUUUGGAUUUACAGGACAAAAUUGCUCAAUACUUUGUAAUAUUGGAAAUUGCAGCUCUUACUCUUGUAAUGUGAAUUAUCAGAUAUGUUAUGGUUGUAAUUCUGGAUUCUGGGGAACGUCUUGUAAACACAAAUGCAAUCAAAAUUGUUUAUCCAGCUGUGAUAAAAGCAGCGGAAAUUGUAGCUCUUGCAAGGACGGGCUAUGGGGAGCUAAUUGUAACGAAACCUGCAUGUACAACUGUUCCACAUCAAGCUGUAUUAGAUCAAACGGUAGUUGUAGCUCUUGCAGGGCCGGACUAUGGGGAGCAAAUUGUAACGAAACCUGCAUGUACAACUGUUCCCCAUCAAGCUGUAUUAGAUCAAACGGACAGUGUAGUUAUUGCAUACCUGGGCUCUGGGGUUUAUUUUGUAAUGAAACGUGCAGCAAAGGUUGUUCUGAUAUAGGCUGCAUUAGAAACAAUGGUCACUGUUAUAGCUGCAUAAGUGGAUUCUGGGGUGCCUUUUGCAAUGAAACCUGUAGUGAUUGUUAUUCAAGCUGUGAUAGAAAUAAUGGAAUGUGUAGCUACUGCAAGGAUGGACUUUGGGGCAACCUUUGUGCUGAGUCGUGUGGUCAAGGUUGUUUGCAUUCAAAGUGUAGAAUGAGUAAUGGAUAUUGCAGCCCCUGCAAUAGCUCAUAUUGGGGAGACAGAUGUAACAAGACAUGCAAUCACAAUUGUUUAAGUUGUAGUAAAGUCAAUGGGUUGUGCGAUGCUUGCAAACCUGGGUUGUGGGGAUCAUUUUGUGAAAACAAAUGUAAUCGGUCGUGUCGUUCUGUUGGCUGCUAUAUUGGGUCCGGCGAGUGUAUGGAAUGUGGUUUCAACAGAUGGGGAAAUUUUUGUGAAAAUGUGUGCAGUACAUCUUGCUCAUGGGGUUGUAACAGACAUACUGGUUAUUGCUUAAGAUGUGAAAACAGAUAUUGGGGCCAUGAUUGUUCCAAUAAAUGUAACGACUCAAAGUGUGAACAAUGCUCUUUAACGAAUGGAUUAUGUUCAGUGUGCCAACCAGGUUUUUGGGGUCUCAACUGUAAGUCUACGUGCAAAUCUGAUAAAUGCCUUGAUUGCAAUAAAGAUACCGGCUAUUGUAGUGGAUGUCCCUUGGGACGAUGGGGAUUACUUUGUCAGAAUAUGUGCAGGGAUGGAUGCCCCUGUUGCAGCAUUAGUACUGGAGCAUGCUCAUAUUCUUGCCCGUCUAUUUCAGGUAUUUUCUUUAUAUAUUAUUUUAAGUAUACCUUUAAUAAGAAAUUAAUUUCAAUUGCCUACGUUACAUUGUGGCAUAUGUUUUACGCAGAUAUCACAAGUAUCAUACAUAUUUAAAAUGUCGUACUACAAGAGCCUUUAAAAAGCACAGGCGCAUGCAUAUUUUAUUUAAACAUUUACAUAUUCAAUCAGUUAGCAUUUCCUUCUAUUGGCCAAUAUUGUGAUGAACCAUAUUCGGUUCAGAUGCGUCAGAAUACUGAUUUCCUGUGUUAACGACGCAACACUGCAAAUUCUGAAUCGUAAAAUUGAAGUUUGCGUUUAAAUCUCUAUCAUCGUAAAUAUUUUAAGUGAAAUUGCGCUACAAUGAUAUGUAGAUAUUACGUAACGUCAAUUGUGUGUCCAGGCAAAAUUUCAAUCUUAAACAUGUCUGAGAAGGGUAUAAAUAUUCCACAAAUAUAAAAACUGUAACAAACGACGAAAAUCAGUUUGACGGCGCAAUGUUCCUAUAUCAAUUUUUGCGUAAAGCUGAACAAAUCAACGGCGAGGACCAUGAAGAUGGUAUAGACGUACAAUGUUGGUAUAAAGUCCAAUAUGGUAGAAUGGUGUUAUACUUUUGGCAAAAGCAUUAUAGUGGCGUCAGAUACACACUGAAGGGAGAUUCCGGAAAGGUUAAGACAAAAUGAACAGAAAUGGAAAAAUGGAAAAGUGUAUCGAGAAGGCCGGUGCAUACUUCGAGAAAUGUUUAUUGAUUAACAUUGUUGACGUCAUUUCAUGUUAUAUGAGCGCUCUGUGUGGUGAACAGUGGUUUGUUUCAAGUAACCCAACAACUUGUAACUUUUUGUGUUGUAUGAAUAUUUAAUAUCUAGGCUAAAUCCUGUUUAAUCUAUAAUAUCAAAAUAUCAAAACAAUAUUAAUCAGGAAUAAUAUCGUUGUCCGCGUAAUAUUUUAUGUACCCUCGUAACUACAAUACCUUGUGGUAAGUAUGACAACUUUUUACA